AUGACUAAGAAAAGGAGGAAUAACGGUCGUGCUAAGAAGGGACGUGGCCAUGUGCAGCCCAUCCGCUGCACCAACUGUGCCCGCUGUGUGCCCAAAGACAAGGCCAUCAAGAAGUUUGUCAUCCGGAACAUUGUGGAGGCGGCGGCCGUGAGGGACAUCACUGAGGCCAGCGUCUUUGAAUCCUACGGUCUCCCGAAGCUGUACGUGAAGCUGCAUUACUGUGUGAGCUGUGCCAUCCAUAGUAAAGUGGUGAGGAACCGCUCCUGUGAGGCCCGUAAGGACAGGACCCCCCCACCCAGGUUCAGGCCAGCGGCUGGUGCACAAAGAGCUCCACCCAAACCCAUGUAA